GACAAUCAAAAUGAUACCAGUGGUUCUCCUCCUAGCUAAUAUCUGAAUCAAAUUACAUCAAAUUCGUGAUGGAUGGUCAGAAGAAUUUGCUGAUUUUAUUAACAGUUUUUUUAAGAUAGCAAGUGAUUAUUUAGGAGUUAAUCGUUCUGAGGAACUCCAAUCUUAACAUUGGUUAGUUAAGAGAUAUUGGUUGGACUGCUUUAUUAAAUUUAAUGGCUACAUCCCCAUAAUAUAUUAAUGUAAGAUUAAGUUUAGAGUAAUCAAGAUAAUUUUGAUACUAAAUUUACUAAUUUGAGACAGUUUAACAAUUUAAUAAAUGGCAUAAUUAUAAGAAGACAAACUAUCCUAGAUCCUUUUAAUGGAUAUGCUUUUGAUUAAACUAUUAUCUCGUAACCAUUCUAGGAUAUAUCUUCCUCUGAAUUAUCGAUACCUAAAUUAAAUAGUAAUUAAAAUCUUCAAAAUUAACCAAUCCUGGUGAAACAAAUCACUAAUUAAUGUAUAUAACAUCAUUAAAUAUGUUUAAGUUUUACUAGACCCAAAAAUUGAAAGCAAAAUCAAUGUCCUCUAGUUAAAAGCCUUUAAAAAUUAUUAGCCAUUUUUCUAAUAAAUUAUAAUUAAAUUGAACCAUAGUAUUAGAUAUUUUCAUUUACAAAUUAUUCCUAAAAGAAAUUUAAUCUAAAAGAUUAAUUCUUUUCAAAAUUUAAUCUUUUCAAUUUUCAUAUAUAUAUUAAAUUUUUUUUCUACUAAUUCAUAAACAUAAUCUUUCAACAAUAUUCUUACUAAUUUAUAUUCAUUAAAACUAAUCAAUAUCGAGUUGUUGCUGGAAAUAAAUUGUAAGUAUUAGUAUAAUUAAAAAGUGUUGUUUUUAGGAAGUUUAAAAUAAAUGAAUAGAUGA